CUCGGAUAAAUACGAAAUGGCAACUACGCAGAAGUAGCGAGCGGCGUCAGACUACAUAAAGGCGCAGCAACAGCGUCUGCAACAUCAGUCACUGAACUUACCCUCUUCUGUUGCAAGCAAGACGAACACUGAGCACGAUGUCUUCCCUACGAGCUGUUCUGGUCGUCGUGGCCCUGAUCGCCCUCGUGUCCGUGGCCUUCGCGAUGCCAGGCUACGGAGGCUACGUCAGGCCGUCCUACCACGGCUCAUCCCACGGCUUCCACGGCUCAUCCCUCGGCUUCCACGGCUCCUCCCACGGCUCCCACGGCUCCUACGGCUCCGUCGGCUACGGCCGACCCUCCUACGGAUACAACAGGCCUUACGGACAUCACGGGUGAGGCAGCGGACGCGGACGCCAGACCGAGGGAGGCGCUGGCGAUUCCUCAAGAGCAGCAGGACGAUUCUGACAGGAAUGUUUAUUUGUUGGACUGUUUGUGUAAAAGGGAAAUGGGCUGAGAAAAAGGGAGGGGUUCUUUGAGUGGAUCUGUUAUUCGUGAAAAUCGAUGUUAUGUGUUGUGAUCAUAGCGAUAAUCGUUUCUAUUCUAAAAAUAUAUAUAUAAAUAAACAAUAAAAAAUGCAUAUAUAUUA